AUGCCAUCAUCUAUCCGUUCUGGAGUCAUAACACUGUUGCACACAGCGUGUGGUGCCGGUAUACUGGCUAUGCCGUAUGCUUUCAAACCAUUUGGGUUAGUUCCGGGAUUCCUAAUGAUCGCAAUAUGUGGUUUCUGCGCAUUGAGUGGACUUAUAUUACAGGCACAAGUGGCUAAAUAUACAGCAAGUGGUUCUGCCUCCUUUUUCACGUUGUCUCAAUUAAUUAGUCCUUCUUUGAGUGUGGUUUUUGAUUUGGCUAUUGCUGUCAAAUGCUUUGGCGUUGGGGUCUCAUAUAUGAUUGUUGUAGGAGAUUUAAUGCCGCAGAUCUUUGCUGUAUUCACUACGAGUCAUAUUCUAUUGAAUAGAGAUUUUCAUAUUAGUCUGAUCAUGCUCUUUAUCGUUUCACCUUUAUGCUUCUUAAGGAAAUUAAACUCAUUGAGAUAUGCUUCAAUGAUUGCAAUCUCUGCAGUAGCGUAUCUUUGCGUAUUAGUCGUUGCUCAUUUUAUCUUCCAAACGGAAGACGUUCACGAUCUAAAAGGAGUUGUAUCCAUCGGACUUCCAAAACAUGAACCAUCUCCACUUACAACUUUGCCAAUCUUUGUCUUUGCAUACACCUGUCAUCACAAUUUUUUCUCAGUGAUUAAUGAACAAUCUAAUAUUGCCUUCACUCACAUCAAGAAAAUUCCAAUAAUUGCAAUGAUCUUAGCUUAUCUAUUAUACAUUUUAAUCGGAUUUUCCGGUUAUUUAACCUUUGGCGAUAACAUCGUGGGUAACAUUAUCACUUUAUAUCCAAGAACGGCUUCAAGCACCAUUGGAAGACUAGCUAUCGUAUUUCUCGUGAUGUUAGCAUUUCCAUUACAAUGCCAUCCUUGUAGAGCCUCCAUUCAUCACAUAUGGCACUACAUUCAAGAAAAAAAUUCAAAUGAGAUUGCCACUCAACCAAUUAAUGUACCGCCUGAUGAGGAAGAUACACUCUUGGCAGUUGAACUGAUCGAAGAAGAUUCUCCAAAACAACCAGAGGAAAUUCCUCUAAGAGGAAAGCGUUUCAAUAUCAUAACUGUAUGUAUCCUUCUAUUUUCAUACACUUUAGCCAUUUCUGUGAAUUCUUUAGCUAAAGUCCUCGCUAUUGUGGGCGCGACAGGUUCAACCUCAAUAUCAUUUAUUCUACCAGGUAUAUUUGGAUUCAAAUUGAUAGGCUCCGAAUUCUCUGCAACAUCAUCACCAUUACCUAAAUCUGCAAGAUUUUUCAGAUAUCUAGGUUUGUUCUUAUCCAUUUGGGGUCUAUUUGUUAUGAUUGCCUCUUUAGCCGCGACAUUACUGUUGGGUGUCGGCCACUGA